CUGUUAUUUUGCCCAAAAUUGUCAAUUUUUUUUAUUUAUUGACAAAUAUCUAAAAUUAUGCGGUCCCAUUUACGAAUCGUUACCAGGAAUAAUUUACUGAAGUAUUUCUCAGCAAGGUGCCUGGCCACUGCAACCACAGCUGCUGGUAAGAUCGCCCAACAAACGCCAGCAACUGCUCCAUUCAUCACCGGCACAAAAUCAAAGAAAACUCUAGAAAAGCCCGGAGUUAGAAAUAUAGUGCUAGUCGAUGGGGUCCGAACUCCCUUCCUUCUCUCGGGCACCGACUACAAAGAUGUCAUGGCCCAUGAUCUGGCAAGGGCUGCACUUUUGGGUUUGGUGAAAAAGACAAAUGUUCCAUUUGAUGCUAUUGGUCACAUUGUCAUGGGAACUGUCAUUCAAGAAGUCAAGACAAGCAAUAUUGCUAGGGAGGCAGCCUUAGGGGCGGGGUUUCCGCUGAAUAUACCCGCGCACACUGUCACACAGGCAUGCAUCUCGUCCAAUCAGGCAAUCACAUCCGCUAUAGGUCUGCUGGCGUCUGGGUAUUGCGAUGGCGUGAUAGCAGGUGGAGUGGAGUUUAUGUCUGAUGUCCCUAUCAGAUUUGGUCGAAGAAUGAGGAAAGCCAUGUUGUCCUUGAACAAAGCCAAAACUUUGCCCGCCAAGUUACCAAUCUUCAUGCAGAUGGCCAGCCCAUCUAAUUGGGCACCAGAGCUGCCAGCUGUAGCUGAGUUUUCCAGCAGUGAAACAAUGGGGCAUUCAGCUGAUCGUUUGUGUGCUGCUUUCCAGGUGUCGAGAUUGGAGCAGGACGAAUAUGCACUGAGGUCGCACACCCUUGCCAAAAAAGCGACAGAUGACAAACUCCUAGAUGACCUUUUGACCUUCAAAGUGCCCAACAAGCCCACCCCUGUUUCAAGAGACAAUGGAAUCAGACCAAGUUCUUUGGAGGUUAUGUCGGGUUUGAAGCCAGCGUUCAUCAAACCGCAUGGAACUAUCACAGCUGCUAAUGCAUCUUUUCUGACGGAUGGAGCUUCAGCUUGCCUCCUUAUGACAGAAGCCAAAGCCUUAGAGCUCGGGUUCAAACCCAAGGCCUUCCUAAGAGAUUUCAUCUACGUAGCGCAGGAUCCCAAAGACCAGCUGCUGCUUGGACCAGCUUACUCCAUUCCAAAACUGCUGAGCAAGGCUGGCCUCACUUUGAAGGACAUUGAUGCAAUUGAACUGCAUGAAGCAUUUGCUGGACAAGUACUUGCAAACCUCAAGGCUCUGGAUUCUGAUUUUUUUGCAAAGAACUACAUGGGACUGCCGCAAAAAUAUGGAGCGCCAUCUCUUGAUAAAAUAAACACCUGGGGAGGCUCUCUUUCCAUAGGCCACCCGUUUGGAGCAACGGGAGUACGUCUCGUAACUACUGCGGCCAAUCGCCUAAUCAAAGAUGGCGGACAGUACGGAUUAGUGGCUGCCUGUGCGGCUGGGGGAUUGGGUCAUUCUAUAAUAGUUGAAAGGUACCCAUCCAAAUGAGGAACGCUGAAUGAUAAUCUGUAACCAGUAAGCCGAAAUCACAUUUACCAUUAAGACAUCGUUUCUCAUCUAUAUCAUCACCAUCAUUACAUCACCAAACCAUUAUUAUUAUUAUUGUUAUUAUCGCACCUUCAUAUUGGUGUGGUGUAUCACGAUUGAUCAUCAUCUUAAUCAUCAUUGAUCGCCAAUAAAAUUCCAUCAUAACUAGGAGGAAUCAUUUCAUCAUUGUCUAUCAUCAUAUCCACUAUCACUUUUAUCAUCAUUGUCAAUUUUUUCGUCAAAAAAGUGCCUCUCCUGUCUCUCUCCCUCAUUCUUUCUUUCUCUCUCUCUCUCUCUCUCUAUAUAUAUAUAUAUAUAUAUAUAUAUAUAUAAAUAAGAUUUUAAAUUUCAUCAUGUUAACUCUGAACAAUUCAUUUUUAUUUUACGAUCUAAAUGUGUCAGUUCAUCUGCCUAUUUAAUAAAAAUUAAAAAAAAUAUUUGAGUUAA